GCGAGUUUGAUUAUCCGGCGCGGGGUAUUUUGGGUUUUGCCGCGCAGCCGAGGACGAUGAAGCGAGGGUUCUUCCAGCGCGAGGAAGCGUGCAAGGCCACGACCAAGCGCCGGCGUGACCGCGCCUACCCCAUCGAUGCACUCUCUCGCAUGAUGUGGGAGUCUACCAUUGGCAAGAAGAAGGCGGGCGACAUGUCGUCGUUGCGCGGCGCCACGUGCUACCACUGCGAGCGGGCCAUGGCGUCGGGCGAGAACUAUUGCGUCGGCUGCUCCAACGCGUUCUGCGGCGAAUGCUCCACCAUAAAUUAUUCCAAGGCGUACGACCGCGUUUUUUGUCUCGACUGUCCCCAAGGCGAGUGAUCGUGCUCGUCGGUACCCGUAGCCUCCACUCGUCUAUGUUUUAACCCUUUUUGUCAUCCGUUCCUA